AUGCCCCCACCCAGGCUAGCUUUCACCCUCUUCACAAAACAGUACUGCGGCCUCUGCGAGCACGCAAAGGAGGCCCUCGAGCUCAUCCAGCUCAAGAAACUCUCAAAGACCCCAUUCACGGUAACAGAAAUCGACAUCGAAAAGCCCGAACACAAACCCUGGCUGCGGAAAUACAUGUACCACGUGCCGGUGCUGCAUCUGGGGGAUCAGAUGGUCGCGCGGCAUCGGAUAGAGGAGGGUGAUAUACUGAGGAUAUUGAGGGAGGUUGAGGGGGGUGAGCGGGGUGAUAGAGGGGAGUGA